ACUGGAUUCCGCACUAGCCCUGAUGACAUUGCUGCAACUGAGGAAAGUUCAUGUUUCUAUUCUUGUCUGAUCUCAACCUAUUUAAACACCUCUUCUCCAGCGAAGUUUACUUUGCACACAGCAGACCGAACCGUAACGUAUACGAGUACAUUGACGGGAAGAGCUUGUUUUUUUCCCCACUUAGAUAACGACAAGAAAUGAGUGAUUACAUAACACUACUCAGUGUUUAUUUUUCGUAAUUCGCCACAAGAGAGCCCCGACUUCAGUAAAUCACACACAUCGGGGGGAAACAGAAGACCAUUGUUAUAAGGCUCCGUGUGUAUUGAACUUGAAAAUCAUCAUCGUUAACAUCGUCGUCAGGGUAAGCUCAACUGUCGCUUUUUCAGGUAAAUAAUUCAGAGGCAUACGUCUACUCUAACGAGGUUACGCAAAGACGACAAGGGGCAGGAGUAAACCAUGGGUAAAAUUGACGAAUUCAGCUUCAUCACGCCUGGACAGAGGAAAGUCUACCGACCCGGAGACAUUGUCAAAGGUUCCGUGUCGUUCGAAGUACGAAGUGAGGACAUCACUGUCAGGGGAGUACAUAUAUACCUUUGUGGAGCAACACUGACCAAAUGGAGCCAAGGGAAAACCCAAGUUCAAAGCAAAGAAAUCUAUUGCAACAUAUACGACACUCUCUUCGGCAAUGAUCCCGGCGACGGAGGAAAUCACAAACUCACACAAGGCGAACACACAUACGACUACUCAUUUCGCCUUCCAUCGGAUGGACUGCCCAGCUCUUUCCAAGGCUCUUAUGGCGCCACUCGUUACUGGUUGCGAGCCGUCAUCGUCCAGCCGUUCCCAAGGAUAAACAAAACCUUCUACAAAAGCUUGACCGUUCUGGCAAACGUGCCCGUCAGGACAGUUGGCAACCUCAGGUCAAUCUCGGAGAAAUCGGAGAAGACCAUCUCUAAAGCUCUAGGUUUUGGGGAUGCCGGCCGCGUCAGUUUGACCGUUGCAUUGGACAGGAGCGCGUACUGCCCUGGCGAGUCGAUGCUCAUAGAUCUCACAGCCAGCAAUCAGAGUUCCAAGGACAUGGGGUCCGUCAAGGUAGGAGUGUAUGUGGUUGGCUCCUUUUCUUUUCUUUCUUUCUUUUUUCUUUUUUCUUUUUUGGUGUGUUUUUGUCGAUGUUGGCGGAAAACAUUUUCUGCAACAAUUUCAUUUCUUCCAGCUCUAGGUUUUGGGGAUGCCGGCCGCGUCAGUUUGACCGUUGCAUUGGACAGGAGCGCGUACUGCCCUGGCGAGUCGAUGCUCAUAGAUCUCACAGCCAGCAAUCAGAGUUCCAAGGACAUGGGGUCCGUCAAGGCCUCCUUAGUCCAGCAUGUUUACUUCAAGGCCAACGACAGUGCGCAAAGCACCGAGUAUCCUAUUCGCACAAUAGUCUCGGACAAGAUUCAAGCCGGGAAAAUCGUCUUCUGGACAAAAAAGCCAUUUAAAGUCGACGCGAUGCCCCCCUCCAGUAAACCUCUUACCUGCCACAUUAUCAAAGUACGGUAUGAUCUGGAAGUCAAAGUUGAAGUACCUUUCGGUUUCGACCUGGAAGUAUCACUUCCGGUAACCAUAGCAACACUUCCAUUUCACUCUGAGGCGACAGGUGUUGUCUCUGGAGGUAAAAAAGCGAAUGAUCUGGGGUACGUAGAGUGUACUGACGGUGUUAGAAGUUUUCGUGAUAGUGAUGGAAUGUUCGAGAAUUUUCCUUUCACUCCCUACACUGCCUACGUGAACAACUACACUGCUCAGGUGGGCACAAAUCAGAGCCUGGUAAAAAAGACAACUCCCUCAGGGGGAAAGACCGGUGCUGUUGGUAUUACCGGUACUGCUGUUGCUGCUGGUGGUGCUGCUUCUGGUGGUACUGCUGCUGGUGCUGCUUCGAAUGCCCAAACGAUCAAAGGAAAAAACAUGCAGGCCACAGGCAACUCUGGUCCGAGCGCUGCGGAAAAGGGACAAAAUGGCGCGUCUUCUGCUGCAAUUGGACAAAAUAUCGGAGCUCGUGCGAGCGGAAGUGCUGUCAAGGCGACAUCUACAGACGAGACUUUGUUGAAACGUUUGAAUAGCCACCAGAAUAGUCAGUCUUCGCAUUCGGCAGCACCACCGACGACGUCUGUCAAUAGAACAGUUCCAACAGCCAAUGAAAACAGUUCUGGUCGAGUCAAUGUCGCCGUUCCCCAGGAUGAACCACCAACAUAUGAGGAAGCCACUGGGACUACUUCAUCGCCUGCUGCUGCACCGGUUAAACGGUCAGGAAAAGGUGCCAUUUUGCUAGUUGGCUUCCCAGAAAAAACUGCAGAGAAGGUAAAGUCUUUCUUCUUGUCCUCGGACUCAAAGAAUAUAGCAUCACACGGCGGUCAAAUUUUAUGUGUAUGUGUGCGGCCCUUUUCUCGCGCUGAGGGUCUGCUCCCAUGGCCGAUGAAAACAGCUGUCGUCAUGCUCUAUUUCCCAAGCCAAAGAAAAGCCGAGGCCUGGUGGGAGACGGCAAAGACCAACUCACCAGAAAUAACCCAAGACUUGAUUGUUAUGGUGGCAGAAGAUAUGAGUGGACAGAAGCCUAGCCCAGAUCCACGCAACACGAUGAACGCUGUUAUUAUUCAGCGCAGGGUCCUGAAAAUGGAUGACACGCUGAAAGCACUGUACACAGAGUACCAGAAAAAGAUCCUCCCUACGAUCAAAGGUAGACUUGUAGUAACUAGGGUGAUCAGCCAGACGCUCAAGUUUCUUCAAGGGGACUGGUCGUCGUUAGAAAACAAAGACUUGUCCGCGAAGUACACUAGACGAGCCGAGGAGGAGAGUGCAGCAAUUUAUAAAGAGGAGUCACCUGUAAAGGCAGAGGCAGCAUUCUCCUCGUCGUCGUCGCCAGCAGUGCCCUCCUCUGCCACUCACGCUUCCUCCUCACCACCAUCAUCACCAUCUUCACCAUCGCUACCAGCAUCACCACUACCAAAAAGUUCAGAAGAGACAUGUCCUAAAAAAGAACAAGCUUCAUCUGAGACUACACUUGAGGAGAAAGAUGAAAUCAGCGUUGAGGAGAAAGAUGAAUCUUGCGUUGAGGAGAGAGAUGAAAACAGUGAGAAGAAGAAAGAUGAAAGCAAUGUAAAGGAGAAAGCUGAGGAUACCGCCGAAGCGAAAGCAGCAGAUUAUCUUGACGAGCCUGUGUUCAGACUUGUGUAUAGCCAAUAUCGAGACGUGAAUGAUUAUUUCUCUGAUUUAUCAGAGAUUGUUGGAGACGCUGAGUUGAUGGCUUGGAACGAGAAGCUCAAAAAGUACUACGCCCUAAUGUUCUCCCUUGCAUGCCCUACUAAAGGCUUCUAAAAUUACCCCCCCCCCCCAAACCCUCGUUGUGAA